UCUCAAAUAUUCAUCUCUAGGAAAACUACCAUCAGCAACAUCUUUAGUUCUGGUUGCAAAAACUAGAGCAAUUUUAAUGCCAAAAAAAUAAUUAAAGAAAUUAGAGACAUGGAGAAAAUUAUUCACAUGGUUAUUUUUGGUGCUUUAUUUGUCGCAAUUUUGCUACAAGUCACAACAGCACAAACAGUGCAUGUUGUUGGGGAAGAUACAGCUUGGAUUAUACCACUCAAUGGCCCUACAGCUUAUGAAAGCUGGGCUUCUGACAGAACCUUCAAAGUUGGCGACACCUUAGUUUUCAAUUUUAAUGCUAUGAACCAUGGCGUGCAAGAAGUAUCAAGAGCCUCAUUUGAAGGGUGCAAUAUGGACAAUGCUAUAGGCGAAGCUUUGAUGACAUCACCAGCAAAUUUUACUCUAACUCCUGGUGAACAUUAUUAUAUUUGCACGGAUAUCAAGCAUUGUGAAGCUGGUCAGAGACUUGCAAUUACAGUUGCAGGUACUGACACUCAUGAAGCCAGCGACCCCACCUCCAGCACUGCUAUAGACACUAUACCUCAACCUUCUUCCUCGACGAUCAUGUUCGCCAGUUUUCUGCUUACUUUAUCUUCGAUUGCAUUAGCAAAUUUUCUUUAAGUAGAUCCAUAUAGGAGGAUGCUCAAUGACAUUUUCUAUACCUGAGUUUUAUCGAGCCCAUGAUAUGAUUUAAGUAUGGGCUAGACUACUAUAUCGGAGAUUUGUGCCAAA